GAAGAGAGAUUAGAUGCUCUGUUUCGGUUCCUUAAGAGAUUGAGGAGAUUCUAUAUGUGUACAUUGAGAUGGUUCCUCCAAUAAUUUAUAAGUAUCAGCGAAGGAGAGAUCGGAGACUUGGAAGGGUCGAUGGUAGUUCAGUGAUGAUGACUCGUCGGAGACCCGACUCCGAUUUUAUCGAGGUAAGUGAUGAGAAUCGCUCGUUGGGUUUAUUUAAGGAGGAUGAUGAAAAAAAUCGAGAUUUGGGUUGCAUUGAUGAGACUGAAACUAGACAUGGUUCCACUGGUUUGCUUCUUCAAUGUCAUGAUGGUAGUUGUUGCCUCGACAAGGAUAAGAGCAAUAGCUUGGAUGAUUUGUUCUCUGGGUUCGUUUAUAAAGGUGUGAGGAGGAGGAAAAGGGAUGACUUUGGAAGUAAAACAACAAGUAAUCUUGUUUCUCAUCAAAUUGCUGAUGAUGAUGAUAGUGUUUCUGAAUCACAUAUUGAAAGGCAAGAAUGCAGUGAAUAUCAUGUUGAAGUAAGAAGAGUUUCUCCAUACUUUCAGGGAUCUAGUGUUUCACAACAGUCCAAAGAAGAGUGUGAUUCUGAUAGUGUUUGUUCUCAAAGUGGAAGAAAUUGUAGGAAAGGAUGCAGCAAAGUUCAAGCUAAAGUCCCAAGAGUUUCUCCAUACUUCCAGUCAUCAACUAUUUCACAAUGUGAUUCUGACAUUGUUUCUUCUUCUCAAAGUGGAAGAAAUUAUAGGAAAGGAAGUAGCAAACGUCAAGCUAAAGUCCGAAGAGUUUCGCCAUAUUUCCAGGAAUCAACUGUUUCAGAACAGCCAAGCCAGGCUCCUCCUAGAGAUUUGCGUCAGUAUUUUAAGGUCGUGAAAGUUUCAAGAUAUUUCCAUGCGGAUGGAAUUCAAGUCAAUGAAUCACAAAAGGAGAAAUCAACAAGGGUGAGGAAAACUCCUGUUGUGAGCCCUUCACUUUCGCUUUCUCAGAAGACCGAUGAGGCAUACUUGCGGAAAACGCAUGAUAACACAUGGGUGCCUCCACGAUCUCCAUGUAAUCUGCUUCAAGAAGAUCAUUGGCAUGAUCCUUGGCGGGUGCUGGUCAUAUGUAUGCUUCUCAACAAAACAUCUGGUGCACAGACGCGGGGAGUGAUAGCAGAUUUGUUUACAUUGUGUCCUGAUGCAAAGACUGCAACAGAAGUUGAAGGAAAAGAGAUAGAGAGUCUAAUAAAACCUCUUGGACUACAAAAGAAGAGAGCCAAAAUGAUUCAACGGUUUUCUCUCGAGUAUCUUCAAGAGAGCUGGACUCAUGUCACUCAACUGCAUGGCAUUGGAAAGUAUGCAGCGGAUGCGUAUGCGAUAUUCUGUAACGGGAAAUGGGAUCGCGUGAAGCCUAAUGAUCAUAUGCUAAACUAUUAUUGGGAAUUCCUCAGGAUUCGAUAUAAGUUAUGAGUGGGAAGGUAAAAAGUAUAUAUUUGUCCUAAUUUGCUCUGUUUUUUGUUUGUUGUCAAUGUCACCAAUGUCUAAAAGUUGUAAAUGAAAAUCUUGUCUUAUA